GGCCUGCCACCAGCGGGAUAAUAGACAGAGAAGAACGACUCUAUGGGGUUUUAGGAUUCGACGGACAUAAUGGCACUGGCCCAUUGUCUACGUAGCUGCAGACUGCUAACAUCCGCUUUUGAGGGCGGUUAUGUCGGGCUCAUCUGCAUGCCACCCUUCAACCCUUCGAGUGUUUGGUUUCCAGCAUCGAAGAUGCAAAUUAUCACUGCGAUCCAGUCGACGUUCGAUUGCCAUCGAUCACCGCGAAACGGUGCACGUUGCCGCGUCGUGCUACCGAUCGGCGCAUUGUUCUUAGGAAAGAGGAAGGAAGUUGGGCGAAGGGAGGAAGGAACAAAGAGGUUUCAGAACGCGCGAGCCUCUUUAAAAUGGCGGAAAGAGAACUGGAUCACGUGGACCUCGGGGAGGGAAGAUUUCUUCAUUGACAAGGGGAAUCUCGUUGAGGUACAGCCGUUCGGAAAAACCGGAUAAGAACCGACACCGCCAUCUGGUAUGGAUGAUAAGAACGAGGGGUUCCUUCGCAGUUUCCGGAUAAGCCGCACGCUUCGGGGGUGACGUGACGAGCGACGCCGAUGCCGACGCCGACGCCGACGCCGACGCCGACGCCAUGUGCCCAAAAUGGCCGCGGAUCGUUAAACGGUCACGCGCAAGCUCCCCAGGGGGUGGUGGGACAAGGAGGGUUGGUUUUAGGGGUGUCCUCGCUUCUUAAUAGGAUCGAAGAAUAGUUACGACGUCAGAUCCACGCAGUUACGUGGAAGCGUCGUUCCAGCCACGCGUUUUCAACGAAUACGUAAAUGCACGGGGGAUGAUUCACAACCCUUUGAAUCUCUCGUUCGAGAAACAUCAAAGUAUUCGCGUGAAUGCACGUAGUGGACGAGCAGAGGCUCAGAAAUGCGUUGUCCAGUUGUGAGCUGUUUACUUCUCGUUAUAUCAAGUCACCCCAUGUAUAAAUGAAAUGUACAAUGCGAAAUGUAUAAGAGUGAUACGUAUUCUUUUUAUUUUCUUUAAUGGUCUGGCUUUUAUGAGAAUUCUUUAAUCGUUUUAUUCUACUUAUUUCUAUUUUUCUUAUCGUGCAAUUUGUGAUAUGUGUAUUUGUUAGUACCUAUUCGUUCAUGUUUAUAUAUUUUCUCCCUCUCUCAGCGUUGAUAUAUGUAGAAAUACCUGAAGAGCCGUUGAAAUAAAAUCCUUGAUGCACCACUAGAAGAAUAAUAUUAAUUUAAUCUCAC